CCGCGGUUAUGUAAUGGCGCCGGAACAAAAGCCCUAAGUAGUGAAAAAACCAGACUCUAGCUAAUUCGCUGAAAAAACUCAGCAAAAAAUCUGUAACUCUUCAAUGGCUACAGAUCGAAGCAGAUGCUCUCAAGUUUCAACUUCAGUUCCACCUCGAAAGAUCAAUGUGCAUAAAUUUGCGGAGGCCAGGGGAUCUGAGCUUGAGGCUCUUCAGUCAAUUGUAGCAAGUCGAUUGGACGGUGAUUUCAAGUCUCGGAGAAACAAGAGGAGAAGAACCACCGCGCACAACAAGCAAGCGGGGAAGAAGAGAGGUAGAAAGAGGCAGAAGUUGGGUGUUGGCCAUAAAAGCAAUGACUUGGCCAUGGAACAGGACCAGAAGAAGGUUUCUCGACGCGUUCGUCGGAGAUAUGAGCUUAGAAGGAAUCCUAUAAGUGGGUUCUGUACUUCAGGAGAUGGGACGAAGAGACUCAGAACACAUGUUUGGCAUGCAAAGCGGUUCACUAUGACAAAGCUGUGGGGUUUCCACCUUCCUUUGGGUUUACAGGGCAGAGGAAGGGGGUCUAGGGCACUCUUGAAGUGGUUCAAAGAUGGAGUGCUUUUGCAUGAUUCUAGCUACUAUGUUGCUGUUCAGUUGGAAGGUCCAGAGGAUUCAUUAAUGUCAAUACUAAGCAUGACAUUGGUGCCUUCACCAUCUGUUCAAUCUGAAGAUGAUUUGAAGUCUGUUCUUUCUGGCAUUACCUACAGAAGAGCCAUGCUUCAUCAUGUUGGAGCACCUCUUUCUCAAUCAAUUGCUCCUGUGACCUAUAUGUGGCGGCCUUCUCACCAGCAGAGUAGAGAAAAUGAUGGUAAUGACUCUGCUGCUGAUGGAAGUAUGGAACCACAGAGGAUUGCUUGCUGUUCAACUUUUCGCCAGCUUUGGGUGUGGAUACAUGCUUCUGCUUUUGUUGAGGGAUAUGAUACCCUAAAAAUUGCUUGUCAAAAGGAGAUGGGUGAGAGAGGCAUCUUGAUUAAUUGUCUCUCACUUGAGGGUCAACUUGCAAAAAUAGAAGUUAUGGGAUCAAAUGCAUUUCAACUUCUUCAAAAAACAUUACACCCUGUUACUUGUGUUCCGGAUAAUUAUUGGCAAUUGAAGCAUUGUUCUUCUGAGGCUGAUACAUGUUCUCAAGUUAAGAAUUCUUCCAUACUUAAAGAUGAGGAGAGCGUUUCUUCUCUUGAAGUUUUAUCUCUAACCGUCAAGGAUCCUCGUGCAUUGCCACAGAAAAGAACUUCAGAUGAUCCAGAUUUGCCGAAUACUUCUGUAGUCAAUAAUACGCCAGACAUUGAUGGACAUGUCUCUGUACCCAAAGUUGUGGAGGAGAAUAAAGGGUUAUUUCCUCUAUCACAGUCAGUGCCUGAGGAAAAUGAGAGAUUUUCUGACAAAAAAAGUUUGUGGGAUGUUUGCAAUGGAUUAGAUCCCCCUGUGGAAGAGACUGUUAUUUGUUUGGAGAGACAUUGCCUACUCAUGGAUUCCUUCUGCGUCGAUGAUCCUAAAGCCACGAUCUUAAAGACAUCAGAGAAUACACAGUGUUCACGAUCUUGCCCUGUUAUGCUUCUUAAAACUUAUGAGCAGAAGGGCUCACUUCCAAGGUGGUCACUUGUGCUCCCCUUAAGUUGGGCCAAGGUUUUCUGGACUAGUUUUGUAUCCAAGGGGGCUCAUCCAAUUGGUCUUCGUGAGAAACAUUGGAUAGCAUGUGAAGUUGGCUUGCCAUGUUUUCCUUCUGAUUUCCCUGAUUGCAAUGCAUACUCGUCCCUUAUGGCAACUGAAGCUGCUGCAAAUGACAGUAAAGCAGAGAGACGUCCUCCUGCUAUACGACCUUUCAGAACUCCUAUGCCACCCCCAUGGGAUUGUGUCCGCGGUUUCUCUAUUAGUAGAGGCAUUGAGAUAGGAAUUACCCAAACCUCUAGCCAGAAAGAUGUGGUUCACGGAAAUUUACCAUCAAAUUCGAACUAUAAUUUCGAUGUGGCAUCAAUCAACCAUCAUGGCAAUUCAUUUGAUGGAAUUGUGGCAAGGGCAUCCUGUGUGCUUACUCAUUUCUUGAACGAAACCCAUGGGGAUAGGUUACUUUUAUUUCCUCAAGCUCCAAAUAGCAAUGCAGAUCUUUUAAAAUUUAUGAAGGAUGAAAGUAAGCUUUGUCAGGGUCAAAAUGGAAAAGCUGUCAUCGACUGCAGCAAUAAGUUGUGUUUUCUUAGAGUUCUUAUCCAUGCAUUUAAGGAGGGUGCUUUUGAGGAAGAAGCAGUUGUUUGCGCACCUCGUCUUAGUGAUAUAUCAUUGUGGAUAUCUAGUUCGGAAAGCUUUGAUGGCAAACUUCAAAUGCCUCAGUCUGCUGUGAGAUCAUACUUCAAAGAACAGUCCUCCGGUAAAUGGGAACUCCAAAUACCAGAUGACCUUGCUUUAAUGGAAUCUCACCGAUGGCCAAUUGGGUUUGUCACAACUGGAUUUGUUCGAGGGAGCAAGAAGCCAGCAGCAGUGGCUUUUUGUGAGGCAUCGAUGUUAGCUCGUCUUAGGAAAGAGCAAUGGAAUGAUUUCCCCGUGAAGCGGCGGAGAAAGGAGAUAUAUGUUCUUGUUAGGAACAUAAAAUCUUCAGCAUAUAGACUUGCACUUGCCUCCAUUGUUCUGGAACAACAGGAAGACGAUGUGGAAUUUCUGUGACACAUUUAUUCACUCUGGUUCUAGAUACAUAUUUAGAUGACACAGAAUGUGUUCAAAAUUUUUGUUUGUUUUGUUUGUUUUUUUUUUUUUUGGGAAGAAAGCCAUGUUUAUGCAGCUUAUAAACUAGAUAUUCCCCAACUCAGCUACCAUAUAUAAGUAAAUAAGAUCAUAUAAGUAGUGUCUAUUGAUAUGAUUAAGUGAAUGCAUAUACAAAUUUGAUUCAUAAUCUAUGUAGACUU